AUGACCAGGUUCGAAUUCUUCUGCACAAAAUAUUUCGGGUACGUUGACCGACACGCACAUGAAGCUCUCCUAAUGCAAAACAUCUUCCUCGUCUUUAUUACCUCCUCCACUUUCUUUUCGCUUAGUCCGAAAGUUGAUGCAAAAGGGAUUUUACUGAAAUUGUUCAACUCAACGAAUGACAUUAAUUUGAAAAAUUUCAAAGAAUGCAGUGAAGGAGGGGUGCAAAUUAACUUUGACCAACUGAACUUGGAGAAGUUCAAUCAUUCGGUACACUUCAACUGCAUCACCAGCGGCGGUGGUGAGCCCUACGAUGUCUACGUCCUCAUCGAAACCGGAAGGAAGAUAGAAAGCAUCGCCCAGUACAGUAGCGGCCAGUGGGUGACCAUUGUAACACUCAUGUACAAAAAGUUUCUCGACGAAAGGACGGAAGUGGUCAUCACACCAAAGAUUCCAUAUGCAUUCAACUCUUCAACGAUCAUUGCAAGAAGUCAAGUGGAAAUUAUAAAUAAACUCACAAUACGCACCGUUGGCUUUAUAACUGUUAAAAGUUCGUUUCAACGGAGGAUCAGUGAAUACAGGAUAGUGAUGAAGUUGAAGAAAUACAAGAACCACAUUCAUUUGUACUCCAUCAAUUAUUAUCCUUACCACGUUCAGAACGUAAGCCUGGUGGGCAACGAGAAUGAUUCGCACACGUACGAGUGCCUCUCAGUUUCCAACCCUGCCGCCCAUCGCUGGAGUUUUAGCAUCAUCGGUUUGACGCACAAGGACAUGAGGGAGUACACAACUGACGACAAUCUGCUCCACUUCGAAGAGGACGGUGUCUAUCAAGUCAACUGCACUGCCUUCAACAGCAUCGGCAAUGAGCAGAGUUCAGCUUGGGUCGUCCAGAAUGUCACCGUUGGCUCGGAUAUGGAGCUAUCAGAAAAGAUUGCCAUAUCCCUCUUAAUCCCAAUUUUCUUUAUCUUCCUGGCUGCAUCCUUACUAAUCCUCUUCGCUACGAACAGAGUCAAAAAACGGGUAAGGUUGAGAAGACGGUUGAGGAAGACCAUGAUCACCUCAUCGACCGUUCACGACGACAACGUAGUCCUCCAUUCGUUGCAAAGUAAUUAUGGGUAUUACAUUAUGUUCGGCGGUUUCAUGUGUCUCAUUUUAUUUAUACAAUCACAACCAAAUAACGAGGCUGUAAGUGAAGAAUCGACAGCACUAGAAUCCGAAAAGAAUGAAAUUUCACAUGACGUCGACCUCCAUUUGAAACUAGCUCAAAUCUCUCAAAAAUAA